AUUCAUCCGCCGGGGCUGCGGGUCGGUAACUUCGGCUGACGUCGAAGGCAAUGGCGCCGGUGUAAUAAACACAGAUAACGGAACGUUCAAGAAGAUAGAUUGGAGUUAGACGAUAUUAACGGACUUAUGGAAGAUCAUGUUUUACAUGUUGUGUUUGCUAAACGUCGGCAGCCGCCAAGUGUCGUGCUGUCGUGCACCUGGAUCCUCCCGUUUUGCGGCAAUGGUUUCCCCAUUGGUUUCGCCCUAACCUUUCCAGUUGGACAAGUCGGUGCCGCUGACUGUUGUCGGUGACCUUGUGUCGUUACGAACUACUGCUAUCCUCCUCUCUAAGUCCUGUUAUGAACUUCCACUUACUUAUUGUGCGGGGAAAGCUAGCUGACGGGUUCGGGGAGGCGGCUCCAGGCCCUCCGUCAGCCCGUACGAGAGAACAACACCGCAUAGCGUAAUCCCGCCAACAAUGCAGCCAACCAAGGGAAACAAUUCACAAGACAGAAGCUCGCAGAAAGGGGGCCGAGAGACAAGAAAUGCGCAACGCGUAGGGAAAUCGGAUCUGACGGAGAGAAACAAUCAUCUCUGGUCGGGAUCAAUUAGUUAAACUAAUAAUAUCAUCUCAACCCGACUGAGCCUUUGUAGUGCUUAGUCUAUUAAAUGUAAUAUAGUGUAAUCCCGAGCCCAUCAGUGAAAUUAACAGGACUUUUGGCCGCUAAUAUUUCCCCAGAGCGACUAUAGCGUACCUGUGCGGCCUGGCAGUGGUCUCAGAUCCCCUUGUAAUUGCUAAUGUGUAGGACCGACGUAUUAAUGAAUACCGCAUUACGAGGGACUGUACUGUUGAUGUUGGGAUGGAUUCUGGGGGACGUGGUGACGUCCAGGCGCACAUGAGCCCCCUCCGAAAACCCUCCCACCAACCGGUGGUCACGGUGCCUAGAAUUUGUUAAUUGCGUCUCGGAGAAGGAAAGCCCUGGGGGAAGAGAUGGCAUUAAAUAUUCAUUGCAAGAGCUUUAUAUUGUAAGGACUAUCCGAAAUUGACGAACAUAGUUGAAGAUCAGUGGAGCAAGUGCAGACGAGUACGAGGGGUGUGUAGUUUGGUACUGAGCGUGCGCACCAGGCCUAUUUACGUGUCGGCCGGUAACGUACACGUCUGAGAAGUGGUGAGUGGCGACCACCUGCUCAGUCCAGCCACGGUGUGACCACCGGACCGAUUCCUGCUCCACUCGCACGGACCUCCACACACAGCUGAGCGGCACACAUGCGCGUGCCUACCGCAGGAGGAGACCAGGGCCACGCGGUAACGUCUUGAGAUCGCAGCCGGCGGAGUUGAGAAGUGAGGUGAGCUCGCCCGUGGGGGCUCGGCACGCCUGAAGGCACGGUUAGCCUCAAUUGGCCCGCAGUAGAACAACUGCACCCCGUGCCGUGCCACGAGGACUGGUCUCACAGACGACGAGAAGUUGGCUUCUAUUCUGAACUGGAGCUGUCCUGCAGGGAAGAGGACUAGACAGAGAACACCUUUCAGACAUCCUUUGGUGAACGGAUUGCACAGGCUGUGGCUCUGAUUUUCCGGCCCCAAACUGUGGGCCCCGGCACACACAGGACAAGCAGGCGGGCAGGCCUGCACUGUCGCCCCGGAGCACUUCUCCCAGGCGCCCGGUGACCCCUCCGUCGGGAAGCCGUUGUCGUCCUCGCUGGCUUGUUUCAGCUGCUGCGGGGGCACGGGCCAGACUAACCGCGCUCACGCCAUGGAUUUACACAGCUGUCACGGUGGAGUGAACCAGCUCGGCGGCGUCUACGUCAACGGCCGCCCGCUCCCUGAUGUGGUUCGGCACCGCAUCGUCGAACUGGCUCACCAGGGAGUGCGUCCCUGCGACAUCUCCCGCCAACUACGAGUGUCCCACGGCUGCGUCAGUAAGAUCUUACGAAGGUACUAUGAGACUGGCUCGAUCAAGCCGGGUGUUAUCGGGGGCUCCAAACCUAAGGUGGCGACUCCGAAGGUUGUUGAAAAGAUUGCAGAGUACAAGCGACAGAACCCCACCAUGUUCGCAUGGGAGAUCAGAGACAGGCUACUGGCGGAAGGCAUUUGUGACAACGACACAGUUCCCAGUGUCAGCUCUAUAAACAGGAUGACUCGUAAUCUCGUCCACAGGAUUGUCCGAAACAAGGCGGCGGAAAAGGCCAAGCAGUCACCCCAUAGUCCCCAGCAGUCACCCCAGGGCGCAGGCACGCCCAACUCCGUGGGGCCCAUGGCGUCCGGACCCGUGGCUACCUCCGCGUCCAACAACGCUCCCGGGUCGGACAGCGCGCAGAACGGGUCGUCCUACAGUAUUAACGGCAUCCUGGGCAUUCACCACAGCAACCCUGAGAAGGUCAAGCGAGAAGGAGACAGAGAACCUGGUGCUGCCAUGGAAAAUGGCAUGAUAGUCAACGGUGACCCCGAGCAGAAGCGUUCAACGUUCACACCCGACCAACUAGAAGCCUUGGAACAAGCCUUCAAUCGUGGCCACUAUCCAACCGACCCCUUCAACAGGGACAACAUGUCAAACAAAGUGGACUUGUCACAGACCCGAGUUCAGCAGGAUGUAAAACCUAGCAUCAGCUGUUCUACCACGAGUGUAGCGAUGACAGACUCUGCACCCCACGUCCCCACCGGCCACUAUCCAGUAGCUGUUCCAGCCUCCACCCCACCCUCAGCCUCAGCUCCACCCACCAGUGCCUCCCCCCCGGGGAGCGCCAAGUCCUCCGACCCCCCUCCCUCCCCCACCGCCACUACCACCACCACCACCACUGCUGCAACCUCAAACACCGGAUCUCUCACUGUACUGCAGCCAGUGGGCUCGGCAACCUUAGGGGGGUACCCCCUCUCCACCCACGGGUCAGGUACCCCCUCCUUUGGACAGUACACCAGCCAGGGGGUUCUGGCAGGUCUUCCUCAGUCGGCGGUGACAACGGGCCGCGACAUGCGAGACAUGAACUCUACCCUUCCUGGUUACCCGCCGCAUGCCCCACCCAGCAACCUAUCAGGACAGACGGGCUAUCCCUCCAACACGAUGGCUACUGGACUCGUCCCGCCAAUUGUUCUCCCCUCGGCAUCAAACUCCUAUAGCAGUGCCAGCACCAUGUCAGGCAGUGAUUACUCAUCCCAGUUCUCUGGCGUCCCGUACACUCACGCACAAUAUUCCAGCCACUACAACGAUGCUUGGAACCAGAUGCGUUACCCCACCCCAGGGAUAUUGAUUGCUGGUCCUUCUCAGGCAGGCCUGCCUUCAUCAUCAUCAUACUCUUCCGACUCCAGAGGGCUGGUUUUUCUAAGGUCAGAUUAUCCUCCAGCCGAGGCCCAGCAACAGCCGCAGCAGCAGCCCGGCAAUACAGUACAUAAGGACAUCUCCCUGGCAGACCUGCGCAUGAAGGCCAAAGAACACACCGCCGCCCUCGGCCUGGCCUGCUAGGCACAACAAGGCAACUUCUUGUCUUCUCACGAGGCCCCCUAUGAGUCGAGGUGGUAAUGCAGGAUGUGAGAUAUAUGAGAAAAAUACAACAUAUUCCUAGUUCUGUGUUCUGGAAUCAGGAGAAACUAGAAAUUAACUUGUUGAUGCCUCUUACACAUGUGCAUAUCCUGCCAAAACACACCUACCUGUUCUGCAGAAAAUUGCACAGACUAACUCUAUCCUCCCCACUGUCAUGGCCUACCUGAAAUUCACAAUGGAAAUGUUGGGAACAUCUUGUGCCUAUCUGUGAAACUGACUGUAAUAGGUUGACCUAAAAAUUCUUUUUGUUCUGUUACUGAUUCAGAAAAUCUUUUUUGUUGUUUUGUACCACAAAAUUAAAAAAGACUUGCUUCUUUAGUAUAAUGAACUGUACCACCAGGUGGUCUGUACACUAAUUGGUGAUCAUUAAAAAUUACAGCUAAAAGAGAAGAAAUAUUGGAGGAACCUAAUUAAAUAUGGUAAUAUGUGUAUACAUCAAAAUCGUAAUAUGAUGAUGAUUAGAAAAUAAUUGCAGCCAUGAAGUCAAAAUCUGUGCAAUUUUCUGACCAGAAUGUAUCCAUGUAGGCACCAUCUCCAGUCUGUAAGAUUCUCCUAUGUGUAAUGUGUGUACUUAAUGACAUGUCAAUCACCACUACAUGUAUAUUUUGGUAAAGCAAAAGGAGAGUCUUUGACAUAGCUUUAGUCAGCACCACUUGGAGAUGGUUGCCUAGGUUACCCAAUGCUUCUCCAAUCAACAUGUUUUGUACAGUGUUGCCAUGGCAACAGACCUCAGUUGUGCAACCAAAAGCAGGCGGCUCCCCGUCUUGUACAUUUCUCCCAAAGUCCUUGUGGUAUGAGCCAAAUGUAGAGUUAUAUUUCUGGACUAUAUUGUGCAAGGUUUUAUCAUUCUCAUGUCGGUUCUUCGCAAUGCUGUUUUACAUAGUUGAGAUUGUAUGUACUUAUAAAAGCUAGACCAGGGCACUGUUUGUGCUUAGAGCAAUCAUGUAUAAUCCUUUCAGCUACGAUGUGCAAAUAUGGAUGACUUGUGGAAAAAAGCUCAGCUUGCAUCAAUGCUCGUAUGUAUAUCAACUUUUGAUCUCAUAUUGGUCUUUUAUGUGAAGUCACACGACACAGUGAUGACUCAUCGACUGGCAGGUUCGGUCCUUUUCUGAGAUAUUUGCCAUUGCUAAAACCAAAAACACAUCGUAAACAGUUCCGUAUUAUACCAAUCAUGCACAAACACAUCCCAGAUUAGUAGACUAGUGGAUUAAUCCUAGCAGGAUUCCGUGAAACACCGAGUAAUGAUUUUCUGCGUAAUGAUCAGAUUUAGCGACAAUCCAGCCCUGCUGUUUUCCAACAUUCUGUACUUAUAUAUCAUCUGUGAGGAAUGUGGGAUGGGAAAACGAACAAGAUGUGGCAGUUAAUUAGUAGAAGAACACACAAAUUAUCCCUGUGAUGAAGAGUGGAGCCCAGGAUCGCUCCUUGGGGGUCGUGGCACGGGAAAUUCUAUAAUAACACCGAAUCAGGACAUAAUUGGACCAGAGAACACCCGGGCGAAAUGAUUGGAUUUCCACAACCACAAUUUUUCAAUAGAACGAUACAAAAGUGAUCCUGUGAGGCGAGGGGAAGCCGGAAUGUGUCCCGUGGUGAGGCGGGCCUGUUUUAUAGCCUAUCACCGCUAGAAUGGCGCAGGUCUACCGGGAACAUUCUACCAAAUAGUCUACAGGAU